AUGAAUGUCAACUUAACUAUGAAUGCCAACUUAAAUUUUAAUGACAACUUGUAUACUAUUAAUGCAAACCUAUAUAUUUUGAAUAUCAGUUGUAUUGAUUUAAAUGCCAAAUAUGCUGAUUUGAAUGCCAAAUAUGUUGAAUUGAAUGCCAGCUGUUUUAAUUUAAAUGUCAAUUGUAUUGAUUUUAAUACCAAAUGUUUAGAUUUGAAUGUGAUACUGAAAACUAAUAUUGAAAGAAAUAGUCAUGCCUACAUUAAUUCCAACCUAACUAAAACAAAAAAAGCUACAUACAAGGACCUAAACCACAGGAUAAAUUACUGUAAACUUAGCUUAAGUGGAGACAUUGAAGUCAACCCUGGACCUGCCUUUGUUAUUCCUGGUAGAACUAUACAUGCUCCUUAUAGUCAAGGUAAUGUUGAUGUCUUUGGCGAAAAUGCAGGUCGACGAUGUGUCGCUAUAAGUUUAUGUUCCUUGAUAUAUGUACACGGCAAUGGUUCUAUAUUAGACACAAGUGCUUUAGUUAACAUUAUGAACUUGGGCAAUGAAUUAUAUUCCAUGUUAUCAAGAAUAUCAAGACAAAGUUAUUUAUUACUUACCGAACUACCCACAAUGGUAACGGUUGAAGAUACUGAUUAUUCAUUUGAGUUCAGUGAGAGUUACACUGCUAAUCUUCAUUUCUCCACUGCGAGUGAAAGUAUUCCAUUUGUCAUGCCUUUAGAUUCUGCUUUAGAGCAGUUACGGCAAGAAAGAUUUCAUUUAUUUCUAUUGACAAUUGAACAUAAUACUGUAUCUAUCUUUACGGACUCCAAUGGUUUAUUGAAGGUAGUUGAUUCUCAUGCAAGGGACUCGUUUGGUAUGCCUCAUCCUCAUGGGACAUGUGUGUUGUUAGAGUUUGAUUCAAUCAGUAAUUUGACAGAAUAUUUUAAGUUUAUAUACAGAUUUGGUGCAAUAUUUGAAGUUAGAGGUGUUACAAUUGUAAAUAUUGGGUGCAAUAAACAAUUAGAACAUUCAAAUGAAACUGUCACAGAUUCUAGUACAACUAAUAACGAUACAAAUUUCAAUUAUUCCUCUUCGACAGGUGGAGAUGAUACAUCCCAUGAAAAUUAUUUUCUCUAUACCCAGGAAUGUUCACUCUACAUUUAUUCUAUUUGUUUUUCUACUAUUAUGAAUUGUAGUUAUUGGACUUACCAAACACAAAGUGAUAUUAUUGAGCAUGCCGUAGAGAUGUUUAAUAAUGAAACAAUUAAUGAUAAAAAUCAACCAUCAAAACAUUUUCCAGGAUCCAUUGAAAUAUGUGGUUCACAAAUUGAUAUAGUUAAUACAUCUAGACACGAGGGAACCCUGUGUCUUGCAUCUUUGUCUAGUAGAGUACGCUUGGAGACAGUCAUUCUGUCUAAUGCUAAACAAAACACAGGAUUUUUUAUAUGGCUUUCAAACCAUUGUUUAGCUUGUGUUAUUGUUAAUCAAAGGAAGCAAACAAAAUAUUUUAUACUUUCAUCCACUGAAACUCGUGAGCUAAAUUUACUAAAACCAUUCUCUGACCCUCAUCCCUUUGUUAGUAGAUUCUGCGAUAUACUUGAGUUCACUGAUCCUAACAUAGAGGAAGCGGAAUAUUUAAUUCAAUUUUUGUCAUGUCAAAGUACACUAACAAAGUCAGAAAAACAAAAAGUACAACGGAAACACGCAUAUAAAUCUAUGGAUCCUAUAAAGAAGGAAGCUCUUCUUGAAAAGCGAGCAAUGUCUUACAAAGAAAUGAGUACAAGUGAAAAAGAAUCUUCGCUUGAGAGAAACAGGUCGAACAUGAGACAUAAAUACCAUGCUAUGGCUCCUUCUGAUAAAAAAGAACUUCUAGCAAAACAACUUACGAAAUACAAGUCUCUGUACCCUUUUGAAAAGGAAGGUAUUCUUGAGAGAAACAAGUCGAACAUGAAACGUAAAUAUCAUGCAAUCAAUUCACCUCAAAAAGGAAAUAAACAAGAAGCAUACAAGAAAAGUAAAUCAACUAAAUCUAAUUUGGACUAUUUCAUAUGCAACUUCCAUAAUAAAAUAAGAGAAGGGCCUUGCUAUAUAUGCUCUGUUUGCAACCGACUGUUGUAUAAAAAAUCAGUUAAAUUGCUAAAUAGGAAUAGUUACAGCUCGCCUGUUCCAACGUCUGUGUUCACAAACAUAACGUCAUUUGACAACAAGGAAUAUAUCUGUUCAACCUGUCAUUCAAAGGUAGCUAAAGGAAAAAUUCCUUGUCAAGCAGUUUACAACGAUAUGUCUGUUGAUGAAAUUCCAGUUCAACUUGCACUUCUUGAGAAACUAGAACAAAUUCUUAUUGCACAAAGAAUUGUUUUUGAGAAGAUAAUUAUAAUGCCUAAAGGACAACAGAAAAAGGUGUCCGGAGCAAUAUGUAAUGUACCAGUUGAUUGUGAUCAGACAUGUAAAGUUUUACCACGACCACCAGAAAGGUCCGGUAUUAUAAUGUUAAAACUUAAACGCAAGCUUGAGUUCAGAGGUCAUGUAUAUUUUCAAGCAGUUCGUCCCCAAUUCAUUGAGAAUGCCUUGAACUGGCUGACACUGAAUAAUCCACUGUAUUUUAAUGUGACAACUGAGAUGAAUAACAUCAAUGUAAAUCUUAAGAACUUGGAACAAAAUGAAAUGUCUGAUAUAGAUACAUCAACCGAAGCAUGUUCUACUAGCAGAUUGCCGACAAAUGAAAAUGACGAAAUGGAAGAAAAUGAUGAUCCAUUAAAUGUGUAUCGACAAGCAACCAAUGAAACAUGUUUACAAUCGGUGCUUCCAGAUUAUCCUGUAACUGUGGAGAAUUCUGAAAGAGGUUCAUUGGGAAAUGAAAUAUAUAAUAUUGCGCCUGGGGAAAAUAGGCACCCAGUAUCAAUUAUGACUGACAAGAAAUGCGAAGAGCUCGCAUUUCCAAUCUUAUUUCCAAAAGGACGAUUUGGUUAUAUGGAAGAAAGAAAAAUUAAACUUACACCAGUUAAGUAUUUCAAUGCUAGACUUCUACAUUAUAGUGGACGAUUUGCUACAAAUUCUGAAUACUUGUUCUUUGCACAAUUCGUAAUUGAACAGAAGAAAGUUUCAGAUAGCAUUAAUAUAGCUUUGAAAAAGAUCCAAGGCCAUCCUCUUACUGCAUCCCAAAUAAAGUCUGAUGUAAAUAAAUUAAAAAGUUUAGUUUGUCAAGAGCAAGCAUACUUAUUCCUAAGGCAAAUACCUGGCACUCCACCAUAUUGGCAAAAAUUUAUGUAUGAAGUUAUCGCAAUGGUAAAACAACUUGGUAUUCCAACAUGGUUCAUGACAUUAUCUUGUGCUGACCUUAGAUGGCCUGAGUUGUUUCAAAUAGUAGCUAGAACGCAAGGUAAAAAUUUAACUGAUGAACAAGUUCAAGCCUUAUCUUAUGUUGAAAGGUGUCAAAUGCUAAAUGCUAAUCCUGUUGUUGUUGCAAAGCAUUUCCAACACAGAGUUGAGACAUUUUUUAGUGAGGUACUUCUCAGUAAUAUUAAUCCCAUAGGGAAAAUAAGUUAUUAUGCUCUUCGUAUUGAGUUUGAAAUGAGAGGAUCUCCUCAUUUACAUGCGUUAAUAUGGACGUCUGACUGUCCAAAACUUAGAUCUGAGAGCAAAGAUGCUUAUGUACAGUAUGUCGAUAAACAUGUUCAAGCAAACCUUCCUGAUGAAAAUGAUGAACCAGAGUUGCUUGAGUUGGUCAAAAUGUAUCAAAAACACAAUCAUUCAAAAACCUGCAGAAAAUACAAAAAUGUUAGCUGUCGUUUCAAUUUUGGGCAAUUUUUUACCAAACAAACUAUUGUUGCUGAACCCCUUGAUGUGAAUCUAGAUGAUGAAUGUAAGAGCAGUAUAUUAAAUAGACGUAAGGAAAUACUGUGUUUAGUUAAACAGAAAAUUGACGAACUGUUGAAUCCAUCAAAAGAAAACUAUGAUGCCACUCUGGCACAGACAGAUAUUCUAAAUUCAGUUGGUAUAAGUGAAGAUGAAUAUUACUGGGCUUUAUCCAUUUCACCUGAUUCUCACUUUGACUUACAUCUUAAAAGACCAGUAGACAGCUGUUUUAUUAACAAUUAUUUUGUUGCUGGUGUUAAGGGAUUUGCAGCAAAUGUUGAUUUACGACCAGUUUUUAAUCACUACAAGAGUAUAACAUAUGUUUGCUCCUACUUUACAAAGGAUGAAACAGAAUGUUCUCAAGCUAUAGCUAACGCAGCAAAAGAAGCUAAGUCAUCCAACAUGAAUGUUAGAGAUGGAUUAAAGAAAAUUGGUGCAGCUUUUCUCUCUAAAAGGGAGGUAAACUCCCAAGAAUGUGUGUACAGAUGUAUGCCUGAAUUAUGGUUAAGGAAAAUAUUUCCAAGAACAGUAUUUGUCAGUACAGAUUUACCUGAGAAAAGAGUGCGUGUAACCAAGGCUAAAAAUGAGCUCGAUGAACUUGAUGAUGACAGCACUGAUAUAUAUAAAUCUAAUAUAAUUGAACGUUAUAGUUUAAGGCCAAAUGGAAUUCCGGCUGUUGAUAAAUUAUGUCUGGCACAGUUUGCUACAUCUUACUAUAAGGACUAUAGAACUGACUAUGCUGAAACAAAGGACUCCCAACCUGAUGUGUUAAAUGAUGAUCUACUUGAGUCGCACAAUUUGACGGAAGAUACAGAAAAAUGUCUUCCUCCUAAAAUAAAAUUAAUUAACAAAAACGAAUAUAUGAAGUGUAGAAAAGUUAAAGCUGUUCUAAGGUAUCACACACCAAACAAAACAAAACAAAAGAACCCGAGUUAUAUUUCCACCAUUUGCUCAUGUUGUAUUUUCCAUGGCGAGAAGAAACAGACCUUCUAAGUUCUGAUCAAACAUACACAUCCAAAUUUUAUGAACCUGACGUUCAAGCUGUCAUUGAACAAAACAGGGUAGUAUUUGAACCUGAUGCUGAUGCUAUAACUGACGCACUAGAAGCAAUGAGAAAUAAUGAAGGAAAUAUUGUUCACUCAUACGAUUCCAUAAAUGAUCAGGAAAAUUCAGAUCUAAGAGAUGAGACACGAAAUGUUUCAGAUCUUAACGAGUCCUUCAAUGAACAACAACCUUCACAUCUUGAUCCUACACAGUCAAAUCAGCAUUCAUCUGGAACAGUUACUUACUAUAACCAACCAUCUGAAAUUCCUGACGAUGAACUACGGCAGUCCGUCAGAUCCUUAAACCCAGAACAACGCUGUGCAUAUGAUAUGGUUCUCUCAUGGUGCAGACAAUUGAUAAAAAACUUGAAUAGCUUAAAACCUGUUGAGCUAAAACCAAUAUAUAUAUUUCUAACCGGAGGUGGUGGUGCAGGCAAAAGUCACUUGAUUAAAACAAUAUAUCAUACAGCAGUAAAAACGUUUAGACAUCCUCCUUUUAACCCUGAGUUACCAACUGUUUUAUUAUUGGCACCAACAGGUGUUGCAGCGAUAAAUAUUGAUGGAACAACAGUUAAUACAGGGCUUGCCAUUCCAAAAGAAACUGGUGAUUACCUUCGUGGGAUGUCUGACCAGAAGAGAACACAGUACAGAAUCUCUUUAAAAGACCUGAAACUUAUAAUUAUAGAUGAAAUUUCUAUGGUUGGCAAUAUAACACUGUUGCAUGUCCACCAACGAUUGGAAGAUAUUUUUGGUGUGUCAUCAAUUGAUUUAAUUAUUUGCAGGCAUUAG